AUGGCUGUGCGGGCGAUACCGUACACGAUAAAGGUGGAGGUAAUUGAGGUGCGGGGUUUGUCUUUUAAGGAAUCAGCGGGGGAGAAAGAGAUAGUGCCUAAUCCUUAUGUGGACGUUACUGUGGGGGGUACUACGAAGAGUACAGUGCAGAAAAAUCAGGUUGUAUCAGCUACUUUCAAUGCUUCAUUUAACUUUCAAGCCACUUUGACUCCUGAGGAAUUUCAAAGAAGCUAUAUCGAGCUCGACGUCAUGCAUAGAUACACUCUGCUGGGAGGCGUUGGCCUGCAAAGCGCACUCAUUGGAAAAUAUGUACUUAGCUUCGCCUGCGUCUACUCCAAGAGCCAACAUUGGAUUUACAGACAAUGGAUUAAACUCAACAAUUUCGAACAGCUCAUCGCCGACCCCGGAAUGAUGCUGCUGACUGUUGGCGUGUUUGGGCCGGGCGACCCUCUGCCUGUGAUAGACGAAACUGUGGCGUAUGUAAACGAAGAAGGAGAUAGGAUGACAAAAGAAGUGGAUGUUAAAUCGACUUACUACAACCUAACAGUCAAUAUAUUCAAAGGCCAAGAUAUCAGCGCGGUCAUCGGGCAACUCACCACCACCUGCGAACCCUUCGUCAAGGUGAAGCAUGGGGGUGCAGAGUUGCAGACACGGGCUCUUCCUGAGCACAGCCCCGAGUGGCAGGCAUCGAUAUCUCUGCCUGCCUGCAUGCCUUGUCACGACGACACGGUAUUGGUGGAACUCUGGAACGGGGGCAGCACCAGCGCAGUGCUGAUGGCCACUCUUGUCUUAGACUUCUUCGAACUCAUUAAAAACGAGACACCCACACGCUGGUUCAACUUCUACUGGAGGCCGCCUACUGAAGGUCUGAAUAUAGCCAAGUGUCUGUUUGGUGCUGUGCAAGAUAUGCUAACGAAUGCAGAGCUGAGGCAGGCCAAUGCCUACGCAGGCCGCAUACUGUUGAGCGCGUCUUGUGUGAAGGUGCAGGCCCCGUUGCCUAUGGGUGUUCGUUCAAUAAGAGCUGUGCACGAGCCGCCUCAAGUGGAAUACGUGCUGUGGGUAGACGUCUACGAGGUGUCUUGCAGUUCGCUUCUCAGCAAUGAAAUGCAGGCAGAGGUUUCCUUUGGGCCGCAUGCACUUAAGUCUCCACCUCUCGUGAUCGAAGAGGCGGGCUCCUACACCCUAGAGGCAGAACAGGGACGCAUGGAGGAGCUCAAGGUGUACCUUCCGGCUGACGACGCACAGACUUGGGCAUUUUUUCUGUAUAUUAACAAGAUUUCCUCUUCCAGUGCAGCAGCAAAUGUGGCGGCGAAUGUAAUGAAUUGGUUUGGGGGACUGACGGGUGGAGCGGGGGCUGAUGCGGAGGCGAACGCGGAGCAGAGUGCACAAACAACCCAUUUGGCCUGGGCCAUGAUUCCCUUCAACUCCAAAACCCUGCAAGAAGGCAAACCCAUGUGGUAUUCGCUCCGCGCAGCUGACGGAUCCGGAACAGACCCGUUCUCGGUGCUAGUCUCCAUCACGUGUAAACCUGCGAGGAUGAUGGGCGAACGACCCGCCAGGCUUCAGUACAACCUGCAGCGGUACUAUUUCCGAGCUCUAAUUUACGAAGGGCUGCACCUCCCGGCCGUGGGCUACGACCAGUUCCCCAAUCCCUACAUAAAGGUCGUGCUUGGGAGUCAACAACUGAAGACCCUCACAUUCCGACAAACGCUAAACCCUUCGUACUACGAGGCCAUGGAGAUGGAAGUCAUUCUGCCCGAGAUGAUGCAGUUGGCACCGGACAUUGUGUUGGAAGUCUGCUCGGAGUCGGACUCGAUAAUGAGUUCAGACACCGUCCUCGGAUCAACAACCUUUCCAAUUCAGAAGGUGCCGAAAGAGUGGAAGAAAGCGCCUGUCUGGCUAAUGCUGCAGUCUAAACAGUAUCCGCGGUGCAAGGCAAAGGUCUUAGUAGCAUUCGAACUCGUGCCCGCGGAGCUAGUGGAAAAUGACACUUAUCCUUUCUACGAUGACAUCAGACCAUCCACCAAAGAGGCUACUGUCUCCAUUUUUUUGGUUGGCGUGCGGCUCUUCUCCCCUGUUCAAAAACCCUUUGUAGAGGUAUGCUUCGGCCGCGACGUCGAGGACACAACGAAGCCGCUUUGGUCGGAACGCACGAGCGAGCCGCACGUCGGGGAGGGGGGGAAUUGGAAUUUUUUACAGCAUUUUAACGUCUCAGUCUCCUUGCCGAAGCGCAUGCAGCACCACUGCUUUAUGGAAGUGAAGGUGCACGACGAAGUUGAGGGAAUCUCGGGGAAAACCAUGAACGAUGUAGGAAUGGCGUACAUUACCCUUAAUCCUCUUCUCCCUUGGCUGGAACAAAAGGAACGCGAAGAGACAAGGGAAAUGUUCAAACUGCAGGUCAUGGAGGAAGUUCUCAUUGAGGAUGCUGAAAAUGCCAGACGGCUGGGAGAUGGGGUGGCGGGCCAAGCGGGGGAGCCAAAGACUGUUGCAGACGAGGGGGCCCUGGCGCAGGCCAAAAUGGCCGUGGCGGCGAAAGUGGACAAGAAGAUGAUGGUGCCCUACAACGACCCAGACGCUGCGAACUGCCGGCUGGAGACGAUUGAUGAUUACGUGGCGUUUGGCACAGCAGCAGCAACUACGCCAGCAGCAAGGGCCCCUUCUGCUCAGUUGGAGGACCAUCCAAGCCCCAAAAUGCGCUCGCGGGGGAACGGCUUCUUAGGCAAUUUAGUCCUGAAAAAAAAUGCAACUCAAGCAGCAGCUGCAACAAAGGGAGGGGGAGGCAACGACACCCACAACGAGCUCUAUGGUUUCGAACCUGAAGCCCUCGACUUUGUCCUCACUAUG